AUGGGGUUCUUUGCUCACUUGUGUGGUGGAUAUCGGAAUGUCAACUUUAUCAGGAAGGAUUUGUAUAACUAUAUGGAUGAUGUUCGGCAAUCCCGCAUUGUUGAAGGAGACACUGCGGCAGCAAUUAGUUAUCUAAAGGAUAAAACUGAGAUGGAUCCGUUAGCAGUUGUAAAAUAUUCUUACUGCGCUGAGAAGCAUCUAGGUAAUCUUUUUUGGUCAGACGGCCACAUGCAAUAUGAUUAUGAGUGCUUCGGAGAUGUGUUGGCAUUUGAUUCCACUUACAAGAAGAAUCUAUACAACAGGCCUCUGGUUAUUUUUUCUGGUACUAACCACCAUAGGCAGACUAUUAUGUUUGGAUUUGGUUUGCUAGAGGAUGAAAAGAUUCCAUCAUAUAAAUGGUUGUUGGGCUGUUUUUUGGAGGUUAUGCAGAGUAAGGAGCCAAAAGUUGUUGUCACAGAUGGUGACGAGUCUAUGAAGGAGGCGAUUCGGAGUGAGUUCCCUAACGCGACCCAUCGACUCUGUAGCUGGCACCUUGCUCGGAAUGCACUUCAAAAAAUAAAAGAUAGUGAUUUCUGUGCUGCGUUCAAGACAGCUGUGUAUGGCCAUUUUGAUGUUAAGGAAUUUGAAGAUUACUGGGCAGAAGUGGUCCGCUUGCGAACAACAUCCAGAUGUGAGAGCAUCAACUCAUCAUUAAAGAAAUUUAUAAAAUCUGGAAAUUGCCUGCUUGAGCUGGUAGAGAACCUCGAUCGUGUUGUGAAAGAUUACCGCAACAACGAGUUCAUUGCGGAUUACAGGUCAUUGUAUACUGAUCUUGUGCUGACGACCGGAUUGGAGUCUCUUGAGGGGUCGGCUAGUAAGUUGUACACAAGGGAAAUAUUCUUCGAGGUAAAGAAACAAAUCGAAAGUGUUGGUGGGAUGAUUGUACUGCACAAAGAUAGGUUUGGUAGCACUGAGAAGUUUAUGCUAAGGAAGUUUAGAAAGCCACAUCGUGUUCAUGCGGUGCUGUAUGAUAGGGGUUCUGACAAGUUCGAGUUUUCAUGCAAGUUGUGGAAUAGUGUAGGUAUUCCUUAUGGUCACAUAUUCUGCGUUCUGAAAGAGCUGGACAUAGAAGAGUUGCCUGAUCGAUUGGUUCUUAAGAGGUGGUGUAAAGAUGCAAAAUCCGAUAGAAUUAGCACAAUAGAGGUCUAG